AUGGGGGAGAGGCAGGGCCGUCCCACGCCCCUUUUAACCCGUGGACGCACCUUCGGAUGGUCCAGCAACAGCAUCAAACUGAAAAACUACAGCCACAAUGGGCAUGACCUCCUGGGGCAGAGCUCACUACACAACCUGGAGGAGGCAGCAGCGCCCAACGCUUCCCUCACCACGGUCCACUCUCCUGAUUCACUGGAAAUGGAGCCCAUAGUGAAUUAUGGAUCAAGCACACCCGGCACUUCAGGUGGCCACAUAAAAGAUCCAUCAAUGCACAGCGAGCGCCGCCAGCCCCUCUCCAUCGCCACCGGACGUCCUACUGCCGCCCACCUCACGCACAGCCCAUACCACGCCAAGACUAGUAUGCAGGGCGAUGUGUACAACUUCCUAGAGAGACCUGCCGGCCUGAGGUGCUUCCUGUAUCACUUCCUAGUGUUUCUCAUGGUCCUAGUGUGCCUCAUAUUCAGCGUCCUGUCCACGAUCGAGCAGUAUGCCGACUUCGCCACUGGAUCACUCUUCUGGAUGGAGAUCGUGUUGGUGGUGUUUUUUGGAACAGAGUACUUGGUUCGUCUGUGGUCCGCUGGCUGCAGGAGUAAAUACGUGGGCAUUAAAGGCCGUCUGCGAUUCAUCAGAAAACCCAUCUCUAUCAUAAAUUUGAUAGUAGUUGUGGCCUCUGUUGUGGUUCUGAGCAUCGGGUCCAAUGGGCAGGUCUUUGCCACAUCAGCCAUCAGGGGAAUCCGUUUCCUCCAGAUCUUGCGUAUGUUGCAUGUGGAUCGUCAGGGUGGAACGUGGAGACUUCUGGGAUCGGUGGUCUUUAUUCAUCGACAGGAGCUGAUCACCACGCUCUACAUCGGGUUCCUGGGUCUGAUCUUCUCCUCGUAUUUCGUGUAUCUGGCGGAGAAGGAUGCAGUAGACGAAGAAGGGAAGACAGGCUUCUCCAGCUACGCUGAUGCUCUGUGGUGGGGCGUGGUCACUGUGACUACAAUAGGCUACGGAGACAAAGUCCCUCAGACAUGGAUUGGAAAAGCCAUUGCAUCCUGUUUUAGUGUGUUUGCGAUAUCUUUCUUCGCUCUCCCUGCGGGUAUUCUGGGAUCAGGCUUUGCUCUUAAAGUUCAACAGAAACAGCGACAGAAACAUUUUAACCGUCAGAUUCCUGCCGCAGCCUGUCUUAUACAGACGCUGUGGCGAUGCUAUGCUUGCGAGAAGCCCGAUGGGUGUGCGGCCACUUGGAAGAUGUACGUGCUGACGGGCGACUACAUCCCCAUCAUCAACUCUGAAAACUCCAGUCCGGGAAACUUCAGGCGACUGAGCAAACGGUAUAAACGGAAGCCUAAGUCGACGCGUGACAACGGUUCUCUGGGUCCCGGAGGAGAGAGAGCGCUCUCCAUCCCGCAAAUCACAUAUGAUCACAUCGAUGAGAAAGACAGAGUCUAUCCAGAUGAGCCCGCAGGCAUCACAAAAUUCUUCCGAUCAUCAGGUGAUGACCGCUCGUGGUCGGCUUUCACCCUCAGCUGUCCUUCUUCUCCAGUUAAGAAAAAGUUGGAUGGACCCAACAUCUUGCGAAACAACAGCCUGGUUGACCAACUCAGCUUCACUGGAGAGGACAUCACCUUACCUGUUGUUUCAGAUGCUCUACAUCUAUUGAGAAGCCCAUUUGUUGCAAAGGAGGAAGAAUCUGUCUCCACUCAGCACCUGAAUUCAUCCAGACUUUCCCACGCACACAAAUCUGCCAUUAAGGUCAUCAGAAGGAUGCAGUACUUUGUGGCUCGACGGAAAUUUCAGCAAGCGAGGAAACCGUAUGACGUGCGAGACGUGAUCGAGCAGUAUUCACAGGGCCACCUCAACAUGAUGGUACGGAUCAAAGAGCUGCAGAGAAGGUUGGAUCACACGUUGGGAAAACCGGGAAUGUUCCUGCCAGAGAAAGGUGUGGAUAAAGAAUAUUAUACAGUGGGAGCUCGACUCAUACGACUGGAAGAUAAGGUGCUUCAGAUGGACGUCAAGUUGGAGAACAUUCUGAAGAUCCUGGUGGAGCAUUUCCAGCCCAAACCAGAAGUCCUGCAGAAACCCAACCAGUACAGCUCGCGGGUCACCGUCAUGAAGCGGCUGGGCAUAAGCACGGACGAGAGUCAUUGAGAAUCUUUAUAGACACUCAAGACUCACGUAAAAGCUUGAGGGAAACAUGGUCCAAGAUGAAGAACUUUGGCUUUACACUUCAAAUUUAAGAUCAUCUGACUCGAGAAGAGCUCUGGCAAAGUUUACAGAUUAGCGGAAGACAUGAAGGUUCUUUUUUGGUUUGUUUUCGACAAAUACGAAUGAAUCUGGAUGUAUCUCGACUGUCUCUCAGGAUGUCCAUUCUCAUAUCCCAGCUGAACAAUGUCCAAGCUAAACUCUCCAAAACUUUUACAUUUAGCAAGAGACACCAUCUGUAUUUUACUCUUUAUUUGUUUGUUUUCAUGCUCGACAACAAUCGACUAAAACAGCGUAAAAGUACAUUUCGAGAAAGGUUGAAAUCAGACGGUUGAAACCAACUUUUCGCAAGCUCUCAAUGUGUCCGUACCGGUUUCCAACUCAAAAAUGUCCAAGUUAAAACUUUUCAAAUCUUUUGCAUUUUGCGAAAGAUACUUUUCAGAUUUCGCUCUUUAUUUGAAUAGAUUUAUAGUUGAUGCUUCAGUGUCACACCAAGCGACUAGAACAGCGUAUUUUCCAGCAACAAUGCAGGACACACAAUAAGGAUCGCUGCAGCAAUGUACACUCCAACAGUGAACCUGUGUUUUGGGAAUGAAACCUGCUGUUGAUGUAUAGCUAUGGUAUGGCUUAUCAAAACAGCAAAACACCCAUCAUAGAUUCUGAUUAAAUUUAAUAGCGCCCUGAGAACAGAGGCUAUUCAGGGCUGUUGACAUUGUGAAGAGUGCCAAGAUUUUCAACAGCACAUCUGUCACAAUUCCAACAACGCUACAAUACCUUAUUUUCCCCUCAAGCACUUCUUUAGUCCCACAAAGGAUCAUUUUUGAUGCAUUUGUUUUAGCAAAUCCUUGAUUGUUUUACUUAUCCAAGAUAAUUAAAUGUUGAAAGGUGAGGUGAGUUGACAGGAAAAGCCAGUGAGAGAUUAAUGGAACAAAAAAAAAAAAACGGCAAAUUAUAACAGUCGACUGUUUUCCGAAGUCUUCCACCGUAUUUUUCCCCCAGUAAGCACAAACCCCUCAUUAGGAAGGAGCUGGGAAUUUUCACAAAACAUGUUCAUCAGUUGGCCGUUGGCAAUGAAUUUUCAUGUACUGUUUAAAAAAGCAAUGUCACGAGAGGCUCUGCGUUUUUAGAACUAAAAACCCUUCAACCAUGGUAAAAUUACAUGGCUUCAAGUGGUUUAUUGCUUUUAUAAAAUGGCGUCAACAGCAAUAUUAUUAAAAAUGUAUUACAUUUAUUAAAUGUAUUAAUAUUAAUGAUCCAAGUGGGGCCUGGGUAGCUUAGCGAGUAUUGAUGCUGUACUCAUGACUCCCCCACCCCCGGAGUCAUGAGUUCCAAUCCAGGGCGUGCUGAGUGACUCCAGCCAGGUCUCCUAAGCAACCAAAUUGGCCCAGUAACCCAAUUUUCAAUUUCCUAGCAUCAUCGUUUUCCAAAGUACAAUCGAGAACGUUCUCAAAAUGCUCCUUUUUUGGUGGAGGAAAAUGGCAUUCUACUGUGGAUGUAAACAUAGCAAAAUGAAUACGUUUUCAAAUAUAAAUGUAUUGGUGUGGGCGUGGCCUAACUGUAGGCUACUUAUGGUUGCCAGGCACAGCUGUGCGUUUAUCUAAAUUUUACAACACUGCUCUUCCAAUCAGAAUUUAGAGCCGAAACUAUCAAUUUUAUAAAUGAUCAAAUUUACCUCAGUCGUACUACAUAACGGGAGCCAAGAACCUGAAAAAUGUUACUGCUAGAUAAAUGGUUCCCUUUUUUAUUUUCAUACGCUCUUAACAUUCGAAGUAGUCUUGGUUUUUGGAUGUUAACGGGGGAGCUCAGUGAAAAGCACUGUUUUUUUUUUUUUUUGGUUUUUUUUGAGAAAAUGAAUUAUAUUACUAUUGCUCACAUGACUGUACAGUUUUAUAAAAAAACGAAAAUGUAAAUAUUGUGGUAUUGCCUUAUAUUUAUUUCCAUGUAGUGCUGAAUGGUUUGCGAAAAUAUUCUGAUGGAAUGACAACUGUGAUCUGUUGUAAUCACUCG